AUGGAGAAGGUGGAAUCAGAAGUUUUCGAUCUGGAGAGUCGGCUAGAAAAGCUGCUUAAGCUCUGCGCUCACACCGUGGAUGGCGGGCGGCAGUACUGCUCCUCCAACCGACUGUUUGUCUCUGCUCUGAGGGAUCUAUCCUCCCACUCACAGGAAGACUCCAUGUUGAAGGAUUGUCUGGAGAAGUUCUCUGAGGGUUUGGAUAGGAUCCUCGACAAUCACCUGGAACUCUUGGACUCCAUCCAGCAAAGCUUCAAACAGAAACUGCAGCAUCUGCUCAAAGAAGAUGUGCGAUCAUUUCGAGACAGUCGCAAGGAGUUAGAGCGCUGCAGGGAGGGAUUAGAUAGCGCUCUCAACCACAAUGCAGAAAUGACCCGGAAGAAGGCCCAGGAGGUACAGGAGGCCUCAAAUACGGUCCAGACGUCUCGUAAAGCCUUCAGGGAACGAGUUCUGGACUACACACUGCAGAUCAAUGUCAUCCAAGGGAAGAAGAAAUUUGACAUUCUGGAGUUUAUGCUACAACUGAUCGAUGCCCAGGCCUGUUUUCUGGCACAGAGUCACUCUGUUCUCCAGAACCUCGAUGACUAUCGUAAGGGCCUCGCUGCUCAGGUCCAUCAGAAAGUGCUUGAAGGAGCUCGUGAGCAGAGGGACCUGGAGCAGAAGCUGAUCAGCAUGAAACACAAGGACAUUUCUGAAGAAGACGCAGUACACCAAGGAGAUGGGGAGACCUCCGCGGCGGUGAUUGAAGGGUAUCUCUACAAGAGAGCUAGUAAUACCUUCAAGACCUGGAGCCGUCGCUGGUUUUCUAUACAAAAUAACCAACUGGUUUAUCAGAAGAAAGUGGCAGAGCAGAAAGUAGUGAUUAUGGAUCUACGGCUCUGUGCGGUGAAGUUAUGUCCUGAUGCCGACAGAAGAUUCUGCUUUGAAGUUGUUUCUCCAUCAAAGUCGUGCAUGCUCCAGGCGGAGUCGGAACGUGUUUUGGAGUUGUGGGUCAGUGCUGUCCAGAGGAGCAUCACCUCAGCCUACACUGAGAGCAAGCGGGACAGCGGGAGCCUUCGAUUGUCCCGUUCUCCAGCUGAGUGUCCAGUGCAGCAGAAGGGUACUGCCAUAUGUGUCCAGGACAUGGUGCUGAGGGUGGCAGGGAAUGCCGUGUGUUGUGACUGCCGUGCCGCAGAGCCUGAGUGGGCAAGCAUCAACCUCGGGGUGACCCUGUGCAUUGAGUGCAGUGGGAUUCACAGAAGCCUUGGUGUCCACUUCUCAAAGGUCCGCUCACUCACCCUAGAUUCGUGGGAGCCAGAGCUGGUGAAG